UACUCGAUGGGUGAUAUGAACAUUCAUCUUCCUUGUAAAAAGUAUACGGCUAGAAAAAACAUUGAUAGCUGCAGCAUAAUACCGUAGCAAUGGAAACGCAUGCCGAUCACUCUCUGCUUCUCCUUUGUGCUCUGGUUUUGUUGCUUGUGCAGUCGACGCGAUUAGUUGAAGCCAAAACGGGGCGCCCUCUCGCUGUUCUCAAGCACAAUCACGGCAAGUUCCUCCCAGGCGUAUGGAACUCUGCACAUGCCACAUUCUAUGGAGGCUCUGAUGGCUCUGACACCACAGCUGGAGCAUGCGGAUAUGAUGACACAGUGAAGCUGGGCUACGGCCUACAAACAGCAGCGGUAAGCACAAGUGUGUUCAACGGUGGGAGUGCUUGUGGUGCAUGCUUCGAGUUAAGGUGCGAUAAAGGCAGCAUCAGCGUCAACAACAACAUCGAAGAGUGGUGCAAGGGUGAGGGGUCGAUUUUUGUGACAGCCACCAACGUAUGCCCACCAAACUAUGCACUAUCGAGUGAUAAUGGCGGAUGGUGCAAUCCUCCCCGUGUUCAUUUUGAUCUCACCAUGCCCGCCUUCCUUCAAAUUGCUCAGUAUAAGGCAGGCAUUGUUCCCGUCACCUACCGCAGGGUUCCAUGUAGGAAGCAAGGCGGCAUUAGGUUCACGAUCAAGGGAAACCGAUACUUCAACCUAAUUCUUGUAUGGAAUGUGGCCGGAGCCGGAGAUGUAACAAGCGUGCAAGUUAGAGGGAAUAAACUUCUCCCUUGGAUUUCGAUGAAACGAAACUGGGGUCAGCAUUGGCAAACUGAUAAAGACUUGACGGGGCAAUCUCUUUCUUUCAGAGUCAUGACGAGCGACAGACGUAGGUGCACUUCCUGGCGAGUCACCCCUCGGAAUUGGGAGUUUGGUCAGACUUAUGAGGGCAAAAAUUUUAGAUUUUGAUUGUGUACUUUGUUCAUGUUCUUCAUAUCUCUGCUCUAUUUCCUUAGCGUGAGAUAUUGUGUAUGUCAAUAGCGACAAUUACAAUGUGCAAAAAAAAAAUGA